GUUUAUUUGUCUCCCACAAUCUCAGCGGACGCAUAUUCCAUGGGAACCCAGGUUUAUCUUGGUUUUAAUGAAAUUUUCUCGCUCAUCCAGAUGUUUGUGCUGGGACCACGCCUCAUCCUUAGCGUUCGAGAAUAUCAUACUAAGCUCGCGGCUGACUCCGAUGCGGGGAUCAGCAUGAAUUCAAUUGUUUUCCAAGAGCACAUACACGUAUCAACUGGCAGUGGUGUGUAGCAUGGGAAAUGAUGGACGAGCUCAAGAAGAUUUUAAACACCGUUUCCGUUGCUCCGUCUGCAACUUCCUCAAGCACCAGUGCAAACUUCAAGCUUACCAACGGCCAGAACGCUCAGAAGCUCAACGCCCAAUGCGCUACGCUGACUGCCAAUUCUUCCUGCACUGAGGGUACCAAUGCAUGCGUCAAUGGCGCUUUUGCGCAAUGCGUAGGGGGAACGUACGCGACUCAAUCCUGUGGAUCGGGUCUCCCUUGCGCUGCCCUUCCUCUCGUCAACUCUGCUGGAACGUCGAUCACCUGCACCACCAAUGCUGAUGCCUUGGCUCGCAUUGCGGCCACUGGCGCGCAGGGUGGCUUUACUGAAUAAGCCUUAGUAGUCUUCAAUGCUGGCAUAAAGUCGGUGACUAAGUCGCUAGUCGAUAUCAAUAUCCUUGUUUU